UGUACACCGCCACACUACCAGUAGCCAUAGACUAGGGCACGAAAACUACCACGCAAAGAAGAUGAAUUCAAGAAACAAGGGUAAACGUAGGAGUUACUCAUCGUCUCCGACGAGAAACCACCGUUCCCCCACCACCUCAUCCGGACCGGCACCAACAACGUCAUCCAGCAGUUCUGGUUCCCCUCCUUCCGCCUCUAUCAUAGACGCGCAAUUUGUCACCGGAGACGACGACCUUACUUACCUCCAUGACCUAACUAUCUCUCCACAAGACAAAUUCUCAAACCCUAGGAGUUUUCCCUACAGUGUAAAGCAGCAAUGCUGGGAGAAAGCCGAGAAAGUCAAAGGAAGGGAUCCAGAUCGAUGGCGUCGAGACCCUCUUGGCAACACUAUUUUUCGUAAGCUCGUUGGUUGUCCUGGUUGUCUCUGCCAUGAUUACGACCACAUUCUUCCUUACUCUAAGGGUGGCAAAAGCACACUGGAAAAUUGUCAAGUUUUACAGGCAACGGUUAAUCGAUCCAAGGGGAACCGUACCGAGAUGUCUAGAGCGGAUCUUAUUCAAAAAAGCUCUUACUGUCGGGUUUCAGGGCGUGAUAUGGAUCUUCUUGAAUUAUCAGCUUAUGGGAAUGUUCGAAGAGGACAAGAUUCUGGAGGAUGUAUCAUGCAAUAAUCAUGAUGUAUUUUUUGUAAUACAUUGUUUAUCAUACAAUAUCAAAUUCACGAGAUAUAUUGUAAGAAUUAUAAUUCAUAUCAACAU